CCCCCCCCUCCUUCUCAUACACCGACACAGCGGCAGUGCACGUCACGCUCCGUCGCGUCCCGCUCCUUCCGUAUCCCUCCGACCAAGAGAGGAUCAUCGGACAAUAACUCUUUUGUCAUCUCAAACAUCCCUUCAGAGUUUAGGACGCGUCGUACUGCUUUCUCUUUUCCAUCACAUCUCCAACGCCCGGCAUCUUUAUCACCCACGCAUAUUUUGCAUUCACCAGGCCGGCAAAUAACCCUACAUCCUCUGUAAAGAGAGCAGAGUCGCGCCGCCAUGUUCGCCAUACCCCUCCUCUCGCUCCUCCCCCUUCUCCUCAUACCGUUAUCAGCCACCGCCAAUCCUCGGCCACUGAAACACCCCCACAACAUCGAUCACCCCCAUCGCCGCGCCCUCAAGCGCUCCAUCACCUCCGACGCGUCCUCUGUCAAUGGCGAGAGCUUUGAUUUUGUCAUUGCUGGUGGCGGUGUUGCUGGCUUGACGCUGGCAGCGAGGCUGAGCGAGUGGAGCAACGUGACUGUGCUUUGCAUCGAGGCCGGUGGCGAUGGCUCGGAUGUGGAAGAUCAGAUUGAUAUUCCUGGAUACUCGUACCUCAACUCAUUGACCGGUUCUGCCUACGACUGGUCAUACAAUACCGUCGCGCAGACAGACAACAAUGACAGGGUAAUGUACUGGCCGCGAGGAAAAGGUCUUGGCGGUUCAGGGGCGAUCAACGGUAUGUUUUGGGGCAGGGCAUCUAGUGAGGAAUACGAUGUUUGGGCUACGUUGAAUCCCAGCGGCAACGAGACUUGGAAUUGGGAAGAAAUGUCCAAGUACAUUAAAAAGGCUGAAAACUACACCGCCCCAUCCUCCGACGUCCAGGACAAAUUCGGCAUGGUCGUGAAUGCGUCUGCCCAUGGCGAUAGCGGGCCCAUCCAAGCAGGUUAUACGGAGUAUAUCUUUGAUGAGGUUGAGAAGUGGAUCCCUGCGUGGGAAACGCUUGGCCUGAGUGCUCUUGACUUGGCUGGAGGCAGCACCCAUGGUGCUCAACUCUCCACCUCCACCAUCAACAGCUCCAACCAGUCUCGAUCCGACUCUAAGGCUGGCUAUAUCGAUCCCCUUCCUCCAAGGGACAACCUUGUCAUCUUGACAGGACAACAAGUCACCAGCGUCGUCUUUAACGGCUCUACGGAUGCUAGUGGAAACAUUAUCGCCAGCGGUGUCACUUUCCAGUCCGCCAAAGGCGAAACUAGCUACUCUGUCCAGGCGAACAAGGAGGUGCUUGUGUCUGGCGGUACUGUUGGAAGUCCUCAAAUCCUGCAGCUUUCCGGUGUCGGCCCCAGUACCCUUCUGAGCAACCUCGAUAUCGACGUCAACCUGGAUCUUCCGGUUGGUUACAACCUUCAGGAUCACAUCUCUUAUACCAUGUACUGGUCAACUCCCCAAGGAACUUUGACUUGGAACAACCUGAGUACAUCGGAUACUCUCCAAGCUUCCGAGCUGUCCGAAUACAAAUCCUCCCAUACUGGUAUGUGGACAUACGUCAACGAGGCCGUUGGUUAUCCCAGCAUGGCCGACAUCAUGGACUCUGACUCUUCUGCAUCCACCUACGCCGACGACGUCAGCGACAAGAUCUCCGACACCGUCUCGAAUGUCACUUCCUGGCUUGACCUUCCCGACAACGUCGCCACCGGUCUUACUUCCCAAUACAAGAUCCUACAAGAGUGGCUCACUGGCGACAUCGGACAGCUUGAAAUCAUCUUGACCAUGUUGGGUGACGGCGGAAACGAAAUGGGUAUUCAGGUCGCUCUGCAGCACCCCUUUUCCCGUGGUACCAUUCUUAUCAACUCGACCGACCCAUUCACGGACCCGCAUAUCAACCCCGACUACUUUGGUGUCGGCUUUGACAUUGAUAUCAUUGGUUACGGGUCCGAGUUUGCCAGGCGGUUGGCGGCAGCGAGCCCGUUGUCGGAUGUCAUGAUAACGGAGACUGCUCCUGGAAGCUCUGUCACUGGUGACACGCUCGCAAACUAUACCAGAAACAAAGCUGGUACCGAGUACCAUCCCGUCGGUACCUGCUCUAUGCUUCCCAAGGAUAGCGGUGGCGUCGUGGACACCACUCUCACUGUCUAUGGCUCGGCCAACCUUCGUGUCAUCGACACUUCUAUCGUUCCUCUCGAGCUUUCUGCCCACACCAUGGCCACUACCUAUGGUAUCGCUGAGAAGGCUGCCGACAUCAUCAAGAAAAAGCACUGGGUUGUCACUGCUGCGGGCGAGACGACCUCUGCCGCCGUGGCCAGCACCGCUACCGCAGGCAAGGCUACCGACACUGCCGUCACUGGCUCUACCAAUCAAGACAGCGCCGAUGACUCCAGUAGCACGUUGAGUACUGGCGCCAAAAUCGGUAUCGGAAUCGGAGCUGGUGUGGGCGUUGCUGCUGUCCUGGCGGGCCUGUUGGUGUUCUGCCUCGCAAAGAAGAGAAAGAACAAGAAGGUCGAUGAGAAAGAGUGGUAUGGUGACCGGGCUGGAGGCUGGAACGAGCAAGGUGGUGCCGAUACUCCUUACAAAGAAGCUGGACCCGCCUACCCUAUGGCCGCUUUCAACUCUCACGACCCCUACGACUCUCCUGCUCCUGGCUUUGCAGGUCACUCCCGAAACGAUUCUUUCAACACCAUCGCGACCGCCGAUCUCGCCUCCCGCACGCCCAUGCGCAACUCCUCGUCAUUUGGGGCUGGGUUGGGGCCAGACAGAGGAGCUAGCCCGUAUAGAGAUCAUGAUGUGAUGAGCGAUGAUGGAGGCCAUGGGCACCAAGGGCAGGGACAUGUGUAUCAGCCGCCUGGGGCCGGGGCUCCUACGGCUGUGCCGCCGGGUCAGCAGCAGUGGGGGUCGCAGGUAUACCACCCUGUCAACAUCAGAUAAAACACAUCCACGUCUUGUCGCUUGAUGUGCUUCUAUUCUCCUUUUCGUGUGCUCGCGCUGUUUCUUUUUUCCCCUUCUUGCACUCCCAUCCUUCCAACGAUUAUGUCAUGAUUUACGACGAAACCAGCAACCUCUUUCGAAAGGACAAUUGCCGGACGUUUUUACUUCUCUUCCGGACUGGAUGAUAUCCUUGUCCAUUCCUUCCUUUCCACCUUACUUCACUUCUUCCAAUAUCAUUAUCGAGAGUGUGUAUACGGACUUUUUUUUCUUUCCUGCUUUGAUUCCUGUGGACGCUGAGUCAGUACGCAGCCUUGAUUUCCUUUUCCACUCAAUCUUUCAUGUCUUUGUUUGGCAUCUCUGGCUAUCUUUUCCUCUACGUAGAAUAUGUGAUUGAUGAUGCAUAAUGUUAAAAACUCGCUAA